AUGAUAAACUCCAGGUGGAACUGGGAGGUUCUUGUUGUUGAUGAAGCCCACAGGCUGAAGAAUCAAAACUCCUUGUUGCACAAAACUUUAACAACGUUCUCUGUUUGUUUCAGAGUCCUGUUGACAGGGACUCCUGUUCAGAACAACCUGCAGGAGCUCUACUCCCUACUAAGCUUCAUUCAGCCUAGCAUCUUUGCACCGGAGGACACGGACAGCUUUGUUGACUCUUACUCCAACAUACAAAAUCGACCUGCUCAGGCUGCAGAGCUUCAGAGCAUUUUGGAGCCUUUCCUGCUCCGUAGAGUUAAAUCAGAGGUGGCUGUUGAUCUACCCAAGAAGACAGAGCUUGUGGUGUACCAUGGCAUGUCAGCUCUGCAGAAGAAAUACUACAAGGCCAUUCUGAUGAAGGAUAUGGAGGCUUUUGGAAACGAGCACAGCAGUCAGAACAGGCUGCUGAACAUCUUGAUGAACCUAAGAAAGUGUGUUGACCAUCCAUAUCUGUUUGAUGGAGUGGAACCUGAGCCCUUUGAGAUAGGGGAGCACCUAAUUGAUGCCAGUGGAAAACUUUUCCUCCUGGACAGCAUGCUGACCUUUCUGCACAAAGGGGGCCAUCGGAUCCUGCUGUUCUCCCAGAUGACAAGGAUGUUGGAUAUUCUUCAGGACUACAUGGAGUACAAAGGUUAUAGCUACGAGCGACUGGAUGGGUCUGUUCGAGGGGAGGAACGAAAUCUAGCAGUGAAAAACUUCAGCAGCAAAGAAAUCUUUGUCUUUUUACUCAGCACUAAAGCAGGGGGUGUAGGCAUGAAUCUUACAGCUGCUGACACGGUCAUUUUCGUGGACAGUGACUACAACCCUCAAAACGAUUUGCAGGCUGCAGCACGCUGCCAUCGGAUUGGUCAGAACAGGUAA